ACCAGUUCUCGCAUUAGUCGUUCACUGACCACGGUCAAAUAAAGUUCCAAAUAAAACAAAUGGGGCUACUGAGUACAGUUAUUUUCUUGGUGUUGCCAGCUGUGUGGCUGUUGUACAUCUACUUCCGCAGAAAAUACUCCUACUGGGCUGACAGAAAUGUCCCCCAAGCACCAGGAUCGUUGCCCUUGGGGACGUUCAACGGAAUGGGGUCCAAGUACCAUUUCACCGAAGUGUUGCAACAUGUGUACGAUCAGUAUCACAAAGCGCAUAAAGCGGUUGGAGUGUAUCUAUCAGUGCGACCGAUUCUGCUUGUGACCGAUUUAGAUUUGAUCAAGAAAAUCUUGGUGAAAGAUUUUAACAGCUUCCGCGAUCGCGGAAUGUACUUCAACGAAAAAGACGAUCCUCUGUCGGCACACUUAUUCUCGAUCGAAGGUGAGAAAUGGCGUUUUUUGCGAAACAAACUGAGCCCCACGUUCACCUCUGGUAAGAUCAAAUACAUGUUCAUGACGAUGUGCGAAAUUGGUGACGAGUUAUUAACGUGCUUCGAGAAGUAUGUGGGUCGCGAGGUCGAUAUUAAGCCACUGGCUCAACGGUUUACUAGUGACGUGAUUUCUUCUGUGGCUUUCGGGUUCAAAUCAAAUGCAUUGCAAAACGAGGGCUCGGAGUUGCUGCAGCAAGGAGAUAAGGUUUUCAAACCUGGACGUGUGGAAACUAUUCGCAUGUUUGCCGUGUCGAGUUAUCGUAACCUGGCUAAGAAAUUGGGCAUGCGACAGCUGCCAAAAGACGUAACGGAUUACUUCAUGGACGUCAUCACCGGAACGGUAGACCACCGAGAGAAAAAUAAUGUGACGCGUCCGGAUUUUUUGCAACUGCUGUUACAGUUGAAGAACAAGGGAACGGUCGAUGGUCAUGAGGAGGAAUCAAAGGAGAAAAUAACAUUGGAUGAGUUGGCAGCCCAAGCAUUCCUAUUCUUCAUCGCAGGAUUCGAUACUACUUCAACGACUGUUUCGUUUGCGCUUUUUGAAUUGGCUAGCAACCCAGAAGUUCAGGAAAAGACACGACAGGAAGUCAAACGAGUCCUUGCAAACCACGACGGGCAUAUCACGUACGAUGCACUGAAGGAUAUGAUCUAUCUGGAACAGGUCGUCAAUGAAACCCUUCGAAAGCAUCCCCCGGUGGGCAAUCUGAUUCGUUUGGCAAACGGACCAUACAAACUGGAUUGCCUUAAUACCACACUCGAACCGGAUACCAUGGUAAUGAUCCCGGUACAUCCAAUCCACCAUGAUCCGGAAAUCUAUCCGAAUCCAUCCCGCUUCGACCCGGAUCGCUUCACGCCGGAAGCGAUCAAUGCCCGUCACUCGCACAGUUUCCUCCCGUUCGGAGAUGGGCCACGGAACUGCAUCGGAAUGCGGUUUGGCCUGCUCGAGGUCAAGUUCGGCGUCGCCAAGUUGUUGAACAAAUUGCGUUUCACGGUUCACGAGAAAACGCAGCUCCCGAUGCGUUACGAGGCCAAGUCACAGUUGGCCGAUGCGAAAGGUGGCGUCUGGUUGAAUGUGGAGCGGUCGUUUGAUAUGCCUCACCGGCGCAAAAAAGCUGGCUUACUGCCAGUCGAUACGACCACCAGCACUCCUGAAGUGACUACGAAGAAACAACGUUGGUUCGACGAAGUGUUUUAUCAGGAAACGAUCCUCUCAAACAACCGUUAUAGUACUGGCGGCACAGCCAUCAACGAUAGUGAUGUGGGCGAUUUUGGUGACGAACCAAAUGACCAGCAACAGCAAAAACAACGUGUGCCCAGCACAAAAAUCCCUCCGCUAAUGGUGAAAUCUAUCAGCCUUGGUAAAUUACAAGCUACUAUGAAUGCAAUCAGCAUCAAGCCUGUGUACAAGCUCUGCCGCAUUGGCAUCAAAGUAGUAAUCUUCUCAAAAGAAGACUACCACAAAGCUAAAACCCAUCUGAGCAAAACAAAGAUGGAGUUUUUCACGUUUGAUAUGCCGUCCGAAAAACCCUUUAAGGAAGUCAUCCGUGGCCUACCUGUAAUGGACGCUAAGGAAGUCAAGUUAAUCAGCAUCAGUUCAUUUAGGGAGGACUUUUUUUACAUGGAUAUCAUAACGCUAGUUCUAGCAGUUUUCACCUGCCUGUCGGGUUUUGUUUACUACUUCCUGCGGCGUGAACAGCAACAAUGGUCACGGUUGGGUGUUCCGAUCGCAAAAAAUCCGCACCUGCUGUUCGGCAAUGUACGGGGAAUCUUCCAGAAAGAGCCCAGCUGCGAAGUUCUUCAACGGCUGUAUUGGGAGUUCAAGCGACGCGGGUUGAAACUGGGCGGAAUCAUGAACUUCUUUCAGCCGGCGGUUCUGGUGAUUGAUCCGGAGGUCAGCAAAAGUAUUCUGGUUAAGGACUUCCAUAAGUUCCACAAUCGUGGACUAUUCGUGGAUUCUUCAGGAGAUCCCCUGAGUGCCAGUUUGUUCAGUCUGGAAGGUGCUCAGUGGAAGGCGAUGCGAAUGAAGAUGUCUCCGACGUUUACGUCAGGUAAAAUGAAGUACAUGUUCGGAUCAGUGCUAAAGGUGGCAGACCAGAUGAAGGAGUACGUAGCGGAGAAUUGUACGAAGGGGAACAUCGAGUUGAAGAAUAUCCUGCAGCGGUAUACAAUGGACGUGAUUGGUAAUGUGGCGUUUGGAGUGGAGUGUAACUCGAUCAAGAAUCCAAGCUCCGAGUUUCGGCUGAUGGGCCUGAAAGCAAAUCGGAUGGACGUGGUAAAGUUCCUCAAAUUUUUCAUCGGUGGAAGCUACAAAAAUUUUGCCAAGAAGAUCAAAAUGAAGGUUGUUGAGGAAGACGUACACAACUUUUUCAUGAGUUUGGUACAUAGUACAAUCCAAUACAGAGAAGAUAACGGAGUGCAAAGGAACGACUUUUUGGAUUUAUUGAUUAAAAUUAAGAACAGUGGAAAGCUUAGUGAUGAACCGAAUUCCGGUGGAGAAGGCAUCACAAUCAGUGAAAUCGCUGCACAGUGCUUCAUAUUUUUCACUGCCGGAUUUGAUACUUCCUCGACCACUCUGCACUUUUGUCUCUACGAAUUGGCCAGGAAUCCAAACAUUCAGGAUCGACUUAGGCGAGAGAUUGAAGAAUCGAUUGCGAAGGACGGCGGAGAGUUGAAGUACGAUACCUUAUUCGGUAUGUCUUACUUGGAUCGUGUCGUUAGCGAAACCCUCCGGAAGUAUUCUCCAGUGGAUAACCUGUUCCGGGUUUCUAAUUCUCCGUACACCCCAGAAGGUUGCGAUUUCACUAUCCCGGCCGGCACUUUGUUCCAGAUCCCCAUCCAUUCGAUGCAUCUUGAUCCGGAGUAUUUUCCGAAGCCGCAACGCUUUGAUCCGGAUCGGUUCCUUCCGGAAGCGGUAAAGUCUCGACAUCCCUUUGCCUAUCUACCGUUCGGAGAAGGGCCUCGUAUUUGCAUCGGAAUGCGGUUCGGGCAAAUGCAGACCAAGAUUGGUUUGGUUACGUUGCUGCGCCACUUCCAGUUCACUCCCAUGAUCGAAACUCCCGAUCAGUUGGAGUUCGACUCGAAGACGUUGAUACUAACGGCCAGGACGGAGGCACAUUUAAAGAUAGAACCGAUCGGAAAUGCCAAUCCUGUCGAUCGUAUGCCGAUCGAUAGCUUGACAAAUUGAGUUACCCGUUUGUUUGUAGCUUGUUGAGCUACUCAGGUGUUGGCGAAAAGCGAAGCCGUACGAGUAGUUUGCAUCAUUGCAAUGUUGAAUAAUAAAUGUUUACUUCACAUUCCAUGCAUCACUUUUUGCCGCAAUUAUGACACAUAAGGAGGAAAUUACAAAUAAAAGUGCACUAUUGCAUCUCCUGAGAUACAGAUACAGAUUUCACUUAUAUUACGCUCUUUGUAA